CAUCAACAUUUCGUCAGUUAGCGAAUCAUAGCUUACCCCUGCGAUUAAUUUAGCUAAUUUAGCUAACGUUAUCGUCUGGCAGGAGAUGGGCACAAGACAGCUGUAUCAGUUCAUCACUCUCGUUUCGUAAUAACGUAGUUGUUUCAUCUUGGAUCAACAAUGGCCUUCAGCAAGGGAUAUCGCAUUUACCACAAGCUGGACCCACCCCCCUACAGUGUCAUAGUGGAAACUAGGAGCCGGGAAGAAUGCCUCAUGUUUGAAUCUGGGGCGGUUGCCGUUCUGUCGGCGGCCGAGAAGGAGGCCAUUAAGAACUCGUAUGCCAAGAUUCUUGAUGCCUACGGUAUCCUGGGCGUCCUCCGCCUAAACCUGGGUGACUCCAUGCUCCACAGUCUGGUAGUUGUGACAGGAUGCAGCUCUGUGGGGAAGGUGCAGGACUCUGAAGUUUUCAGGGUCACACAGACAGACUUUAUAUCGCUGAAGAAUGAUUCAGGAGAUGAGGACCGCAUCGCUGAAGUGCGAAAGGUCUUGAACUCAGGACACUUCUACUUUGCCUGGUCUGCCACUGGUGUCAGCAUGGACUUAAGUCUCAAUGCACAUCGCAGGAUCCUAGAGGACACGACAGAUAACCGCUUCUUUUGGAACCAAUCUCUGCACCUGCACCUGAAACACUACGGAGUAAACUGUGACGACUGGCUGUUGAGGCUGAUGUGUGGCGGUGUGGAGAUCAGGACCAUCUAUGCAGGCCACAAACAGGCCAAGGCAUGCAUCUUCUCCCGACUCAGCUCGGAGCGGGCUGGCACACGAUUCAACGUCCGAGGAACAAAUGACGACGGACAGGUGGCCAACUUCGUGGAGACUGAACAGGUUAUUUUCCUGGAUGACAGAGUCUCGUCCUUCAUACAGAUCCGUGGGUCCAUUCCUCUUUUCUGGGAGCAGCCAGGAAUCCAGAAAAAGUCCAUUAAGGGUGUUUUGUUGCACCUGAAUGAGAAUCGGCACCGUAAUGGGAUGGAUGACAACCCCCACCUGGUCGGUUCUCAUCGUGUCAAGCUCUCAAGGGGAUUUGAGGCAAAUGCACCAGCAUUCGAAAGACACUUUACUGCACUGCGGAGGUUGUAUGGCAAACAGGUGAUCAUCAACCUGCUCGGGAGUAAGGAAGGGGAGCACAUGCUCAGCAAAGCUUUUCAGAGUCACCUGAAGGCAUCGGAGCAUAUAUCAGCAGUGAAGAUGGUGAACUUUGACUACCAUCAAAAUGUGAAGGGGGGCAAAGCAGACAAACUCCACAGUGUCCUCAAACCCUACCUCAGCAAGUUCAUCGAGGAGUGUGGGUUCUUCUACUACUCUGCAGAGACGGGCAUCGUGAGGACUCAAGGUGGGACCAUUAGGACCAACUGCCUGGACUGUUUGGAUCGAACCAACAGUGUCCAGGCCUUCUUUGCCCUUGAGAUGCUGCCAAAGCAACUGGAGGAAAUGGGUCUGACAGAGAAACCCCAACUGGUUGCCAGAUUCCAGGAGGUCUUCAGGACCAUGUGGUCUGCCAAUGGAGACUCCGUCAGUAAGAUCUAUGCGGGCACUGGUGCCCUGGAUGGCAAGGCCAAGGCGGGAAAGCUCAAAGAUGGCGCUCGUUCUGUGACGAGGACCAUCCAGAACAACUUCUUUGACAGUUCUAAGCAGGAAGCCAUCGACAUCCUGAGGCUGGGCUCCACACUCAACAGUGAUUUGGCAGAUAAGGCUCGGGCCUUGCUCACUACUUCCAGUCUUUAUGCCUCCCCGAGAGUAUUGCUGGGAAUGUGUCAGAACCACCAUAAAUACACGAGGCCCAAGCAGAUCCGAGUGGGCGUCGGCACCUGGAAUGUCAACGGGGGUAAACAGUUUCGCAGCAUUGCUUUCCGCAACCAGACACUCAACGACUGGCUGUUGGAUGCUCCAAAGAAGGCCGGGCAUCCUGAGUUCCAGGAUAGCAAAGCAAACCCCAUAGAUAUCUUUGCCAUCGGCUUCGAGGAAAUGGUUGAACUAAAUGCUGGAAAUAUUGUCAGUGCGAGCACUACAAACCAGAAACUUUGGGCAGCUGAGCUCCAAAAAAACUUAUCGAGGGACCACAAGUAUGUGCUGCUUGCUUCGGAGCAGCUGGUGGGAGUGUGUCUGUUUGUCUUCAUCCGCCCACAGCACGCACCCUUCAUCAGGGAUGUUGCCGUAGAUACUGUUAAAACUGGGAUGGGCGGGGCUACAGGCAAUAAAGGAGGUGUGGCCAUCCGCCUGCUCUUCCAUACCACCAGCAUCUGCUUCGUCUGCUCCCACUUUGCUGCUGGCCAGUCACAGGUCAAGGAGAGGAACGACGACUACAGUGAGAUCACACGCAGGCUCACCUUCCCCAUGGGUCGUCUGCUAUACUCGCAUGACUACGUUUUCUGGUGUGGAGACUUUAACUAUCGAAUCGGCCUGCCCAAUGAGGAAGUGAAAGAGCUAAUCAAGCAGCAAAACUGGGAUGCCUUGACAGCUGGGGACCAGUUGGUGGACCAGAAGAAUGCUGGUUUGGUGUUCCGAGGUUUUAUCGAGGGGAAGUUAGAUUUUGCUCCCACCUAUAAGUAUGACCUCUUCUCAGAAGAUUAUGACACCAGUGAGAAGUGCCGCACACCAGCCUGGACUGACCGCAUACUCUGGAAGAGGAGGAAGUGGAACUUUAAUAAAGCAGCUGAGGAGAUGAAUGUAGUGGGAGCAGCUUCUACAUCUGGGGACAAUGACGAUGAUCCAGAUAACCCCUGGAGCCCAGGCACUCUGAAGUACUAUGGCAGGGCUGAGCUCAAGACCUCAGACCACAGACCCGUGGUGUCGAUAAUAGAUGUCGACAUCUUGGAGGUCGACCCGGAGGCGCGACACCAGGUCUACAAAGAAGUCAUUGCCCAACAGGGGCCUCCGGACGGCACCAUCCUGGUGUCGCUCUGCUCCUCCGGGCCUGACGACUACUUUGACGAUGCUCUCAUUGACGAGCUGCUGGACAAGUUUGCUCAUUUUGGGGAGGUCAUCCUCAUCAGGUUUGUUGAGGAGAAGAUGUGGGUGACUUUCCUGGAAGGUUACUCUGCUCUUGCAGCUCUUUCUCUCAGCGCUUCCACUGUCCUUGGCAAAAUGAUGGACAUCCGUCUGAAGAGUCCAGGCUGGAUCAAGAGUCUGGAGGAGGAGAUGAGUAUGGAUAGAAUCUGUGGCAGCAUCCCCACCUCAGCCAGCUCCACCCUGCUUGCUGAGGACACGGACAUGGGCGAUGAUGAUUAUGAUAUGGAAGGGGAUGUGGACGAGGAGGUGGAGGAGAUCCUUCCCCAGCACCUUCAGCCCGGAGCAGGCUCAGGCCCUGGAUCCUCCCCUCUCCCCUCCCCCCACAGUAGUCCCUGUAACUCACCUACCCACGGAGAACCUGUUGCCCCCGGCAGGUCUAGUCGUGGAGGACAGCCCUCCCGACCAUCACAAGGGCCUCCUGUUGACUUCCAGCCUGGUGCCCCCACAUCAUGGGAGCCCAAACGCCCUCCUCCUCCCCGUCCCCACGCCCCCCCAGCCAGACCAGCACCUCCUCAACGCCCCCCACCACCUUCAGGACCAAAAAGCCCUGCUCUCCCUCGGCCAGAUGCAGCUGUAGCUCGAGGCCAGGUAGCAGUGGGAGCUGCUGGACCUGGAGGUGCUCCCAGACCCAAUAUCCCUCCUCGGGCGGGGGUAAUCAGUAUACCCCCUCAGUCUCGCCCACUACCUCUCUCCCACCCUGGAGCACCCAGACCCAUCCUAGAGGUGCAUCCUGGGGCCCCUCGGCCCAUCCCAGACACCCACCCUGGAGCCCCACGACCUGUGCCCUGUGGCCAGGUCAAACCGACUGACCUGCCUCUGGGUCCCCCUCCCUCAGGACCUCCCCCUACAGAGCCCCCUGCAGCGAGAGCCCAGGUUCCAUCCCCCAUGCAGGCACCCAUGCAGCCCCAACCAGCUGCCCCUACAGCUCAGUCCCAACUCCCACCACCAAUGCAGCCCACACUUCAAGCUCCACUCCAGCCUUCGCAAGCUCCUAAAACAGGGCCCCCUCCUGCUGCUGCCCCUGCCGGCUCUCCACAAGGUCUAGCCUCUCCUAAGCCGCCACCGCGUUCCCGCUCCUCUCACGUUCUGCCACCUGAAGCCGCCAAGUCUGACACGGCCCCAGCUGCGCAGACCAAUGGACUGAAUGGAAUCCAAAGAGAAGCACAAUGGAUGCCCGGCCCCUUCGAAACACCUGCUUCUGAUUUCCUCUCCUCCUCGUCAUCCUCCUGGCACAGCACCCAGUCUCUGACCAGAGGCUCCUCUCUGCGUGCUCCCCCCUCUGUUCCCGCGUUUACGUCUGCGUCCUCCAGCACUCUCCCUUCAUCCUUCUCCCUGCAGCCCUCCACUCGGUCAGACCUGCAGGCACUUGAUUCGUCGUCGUCCUCCACGCUUUCCACCCCGUCACCGUUCGCCUCCUCCCUGCUCCCGCCUCCUCCGAUCCAGUCUCGUAGCCGCUCGCAGGAGACGCUGUGCGCCUCUCCUGGCCCCCUCCUGACUGACCCGCUUCCAGCCCGACCAAGCAGCACCAAUCCCUUCACAGGCCCACUGCCGCAGCAGCAUCAGCACCGCUCGCUCACGCCGGACUUCAGCGCCCAGCGUCCCACCCCGACUCCGAACAUUCAGAGGACAAUGUCUGCUUUUACUCAACCACUCAUCCUCACCCCUGCUCCAACAGCAGCCCCGACUGCUGGACCCACCUUCCAGCUCCAAAGGACCAUGUCCCUGUUUGGUCCGUCAUCCACUUUUCCUUCUACACAUGUUCCUCUGCUUCCCCUCGCCCCAUCGCCUGUCCCCUCCUUGCCCCUGGCGCCAGCCUCCUCCAUUCCGCCUGUCCUCGCACCUCGUCGCCAGCCACCUCCUCCAGGAGGGAAACCGACCCAGCGUUGGGUUACUUUUGAUGAUGAUUUGGAUUUUAAACCUCCCACCAAAACGCCACAGGCCCCCGUCUUCCCCUCCAGUUCCCUAGUGUCCCAAACUCAGUCCUCAAACUCUGUGUUUGACUCCGAGCCCGACUGGUUAUCCUCGGUCCCUUCAGUAUUCCCAACUCUCCCUCCUGCCAUCCCAAGCAGAACUGUAAACAGUAACACAAAGCCCCCAGAGGGACCCAGCGACGACAGCUUCUUCCCCAGAGAGUCAACAGAAAGACAUGAUCACUUUUAAUAUGUAAAGGGCAUAUCCAGAUAUGUAUAGAUCUAUGAUAGAUGUGUAUAUGUGUGUGUAUGUACAAAAGGACAAUAUUUAAAAGUAUAGACCAAUCCCCCGCUGAAUCAUAGGCAAGGUGUUACGUUUAUUUUAAAUGAUGGCAGCAAACAUGUGCCUGUGUCCAUGGUAUAGAGUUAUAUAAAGUACAUCUAUACGCGCAAAUCAUGUGUUUAACGUGUGCAAUAUCAAGCGAUUUCUGUGUGGCCGUGCAGCACAUUGCCUUCGCCUGCGAGGUUCAGCGUUUCCCCGGCAUGUGCUACACAACGCUACACUUUGCCAUCUCUCUGACUAAUCUGUACGUCAGAGCGGGAUUCUCAGAGUAGCGAGUAAUCUUCUACCUUCUCAGUUUACAUGUCGUAGAAGGCUAUAUGCACUGCAGGUUUUACAUUUGCCCCCAAAACAGUUUGUUGUACAUUUCGUUCUGUUCUUUUGUGUCUGAGGGCGAGCAGAUAUACCAGAUCCAUCAUGAGCUUGCUUUUAUCAUGAAUGUACUUUAUGUUGCACUGGGUUGUGUCAUUGCCUCCUUGCUGACGCCACAAUGUGAACCAGAACAGCACGAGUCCGUGUCAUAGUCAGUGAAACUGUUCAGACCGAUGUCAUCUCGUCCACUUGAUAGUCCGACAUGUUGCUCUCGCUCCAUUCAGCCAUCACUCUGUUAAUGGGCUGUUACACUCAGCUGAAUAUAUUUUGUAGCGCUAUAUCAAAACCUAUACAUAGUGAUUAUGUAUAAAUGUAUGUUUUCGACAUGAAAACGACUCACUCGAUGUGCGUGCAUGUGUUUGUGAUGGCCGUAACAGUGAUUUGCACAAUGUAACUGAUGCACUGGCUGCUCUCGGUUGUAUUCUAGCUGAUGGCAGAGUAACACAAAUGAGAGCCUGUGGAUUGAACAGAUGACCGGUCCACAUCUGCAGUGUUUUGAUCCUUCUUGAUUUAUCCAAAGCAUUUAACCACACUAUUGUAAGAUCAGAGAAUGUGGCGUGUGUGUGUGUGUGUGUGUGGGUGUGUGUACUGCUGUGAAGUACGACGAUGGUGUGAUUUGAGUCCGUGGGCAUGGCAGCAAUGGCAAGCCAUGCAUAAUAAUAAUAAUAAUAAUAAUAAGAGGGCACAUUUUUUAAAUUCAACUUUUGUUUAUUCCAAAAGCCAUGCUUUUAAUUUCUACAAACAGUUACUCUAAAUAAUCUAUUGUUGAUACUGUGGUGAGAAGUAAUGUGUUGUGUUUGAGGUGCAUAUCGUCUUGACAGUGUUUGUGUUUGGAUGUGAGUGUGUGUGUGUGUGUGUGUGUGUGUGUACAGAGUUAAGAGUGGAAUAUCAGCUUUUCUCCCAGCAAGUCUUCUCUUUGAAGUGCACACAGUGUAUUUGCUUACAGGUUCUGAACUAUCAGCCACUGUAUUCACUCUAACAUGGUUGCCACUGUAUUUCCGAAUCUCCAGCUUGCCCCGGCAGUGGCCUCACUGUAUGCAAAGAUCUAAAAAAUACAAGACAAAGUACUUUUCCUCAAAGCACCCGCCGCCAGUGUAAGAACCCCCCCCCCCACAUAGCAACACUAACACAAGAUUAUUUAUUCACCACCUUGACUAUACAGACUCAACUACUCUUCAAAUGCAUCACCAGAUUAUCAUUCCCAGUUGACUGGUUACUGAGUUCUUCCGAGGCGCAGUGUGGCUCACACUCCAGACUGUAGUGUGAUUUGAGUGUUGGGUGUCAAACUCUUCUCAGCGUUUUGCAGGUCCAGCUGUGAUAUCUAGCCCAUAACCGUUUUCUCCAGUCGAGCGUAAUUGUUGCUGAUCCUCGCUGGUUUUGUGACCAUUCAUGCUGUGUGUUCGUUAUGUUGUCAGAGGUGAUGUGUCAGUAUUUUCUUCCAUGUACUUCGUUAUUUCCCUUUUUUUCGCUGCUUUUGAGAUGUGUAGGUCAGCGCUAAUGUUGGCAAUGAUGAUGAGCAAUAGUUUUGCAAAAUGAUCAGUGAGAGUGCAAUUUUCCCAAACAUGACACAUGCCAGCAUCUGGUGUUGUUCCUCCAUCCUUCAGAAAUGAUGUACCGGCUGAAAUGUCUUCAAAGCAUUUUAACGUCUUGUGGAGGAUCAGACCCAAUAAACUAAUGCUUCUGCUAUUUGUUUAAACACAAACAAAAAAAUACAAAUGAUAUUUGUUCACUGCACUGAAAGCAUUGGCUGUCUAUAUAAUCAAGUGUAUCAGGUUGCCUUUGCUUAAAGCAUUCGUUGUGUUAUCCAGAUGUGUGCAGUAGAUGAUGUAUCCGCAUUAACAGUAGGGGGCUAUCCAGCGCUUUGUGUCCUGUCAUGUUCAAGAUGAGAUUUUAUAGGAAACACAUUGCUCCUUUUGUGAGGUUGGUGUCCCUUUUUAUGGUUAUAAUCCAUAGUAAAUAAAGAGUAUGUGUUGUUGAAAAUAUUCUGUAUGUAUUAAAGAGAAAACAUGAAACUGCAAUUCAUGUUAAUAUCCAACGUUCCAUAUUUUAAGUGCGAAGCUGAUUGCACAUUUAUGUAUAAAGCAGUUUAUGUUGUAUGUAUGCAAAAAUAAAUGUAUGUUGACCUUGA